CGCGCCCACACCGCACUACCUUGCCACCAGAAGAAUCAGAUGGAAGACCGUGGUCUCCUCCCACUCGAAUCCAUCGCAUAAGAGGAGGAUCUCGCUGCCAUCGUCCUCAUCACAGACGGUCUCCAGGAUCCAUGGCGAGGAACACCACGCUUCUCCUUCUUCUCGUCCUGAAGCUGUUCAUGGCCGUGCUGCUUGCAGCAUGGGCCUGCAUCUGGAUCAUCCGCCCCACACAGUCGUGGAAGAGAUCAUGGCACGUCGCCGAAGACCGGGCCAACGCCACCUUCCUCGGCGACUACGGUCUCACUGUGGUGGUCUACUGUCUCCCGGUCUUAGCUGUGGCUACACUGGGCUACAUCUCUUUGCACAUCGCUGCCAAAAAGGACGACCUCAGGAAGAGAAGGCCCUUGAUGCCCGCCUUCACGAAUCCACUCAUCGUCAGCAGCCCAGUCGGCGUACUAUCAGCUGCAGAACUCCUUGGUGUAGCCCUCUUCAUCGUCUUCCUGGCGUGGACAUACUACUCUAACGUCUCCAGCGACUUCAAGAAGAUGACGCCCUACAAGUCUCUAAAACUGAAUAGGUGGCAGCUAAAGAUGAUGCACAUGGGUGUUCGGAUCGGUUCUCUGAGCGAAGCCUGCCUACUGCUCCUGUUCUUGCCGAUUCUGAGAGGGAUGGCGGUGUUCCGGAUUCUUGGAGUACAGUACGAAGCUUCGGUCAGGUAUCACAUCUGGAUAGGUAAUACGAUGAUACUGCUCUCGGUCUUACAUGGCAUCAGUAUCAUGUUCAUAUGGGCUACCAAGAACAGACUGUCGAAGGAGAUCAUACAAUGGCAAGCAACAGGGCGUGUUAACAUUGCCGGUGCAAUUGCUUUGGCCACCGGAGUCAUCAUCUGGAUAACAUCACUUCCCCAAGUAAGAAGGAAGCAGUUCCAGCUCUUCUUCUCGGUCCACCAUCUCUACAUGGUCUUCAUCCUCUUCUUCUUGAUCCAUGCUGGGGACAGGCAUUUCUAUCUGGUAUUCGCUGGUGUUCUUCUCUUUGCCCUUGACAAGAUACUGCGCAUCAUACAGUCAAGAAAGCAGACAUUCCUUGUUUCUGCAAGCAUAUUGCCUUGCAGAGCUGUGAAGCUCACUCUCCCAAAACAUCCCUGCAUGGAUUACACCCCAACAAGCAUCGUCUUCAUCAAAGUACCAGGCAUAUCCGAGUUCCAGUGGCACCCUUUCAGCAUAACUUCCAGCUCCAACAUGGAUGAUUCUGAGCUCUCUGUCUUGAUCAAGUGCCAAGGCCAGUGGACCACUGACCUCUACAACAUGUUGAACUCGAUGACCGAUGCCGGUUCCGAUCAUCCGAAGAGCAUCCCGGUAGCAAUUGAAGGGCCGUAUGGGCCGGCGACGGUCGAACACCUGAGGUACAGGAGCUUAGUGUUGAUAGCUGGUGGAUCUGGGAUAUCACCAUUGAUGAGCAUUCUGGAAGACAUAGCUUCGAGAAAUGGUGCCAUGGAGGGGAGUCCAACGAAGGUACAUCUAAUAUAUGCCGUGAAGAAGGUCCAGGACCUCAGCAUGCUGGCCUUGAUCUCUCCAUUAUUGCUGACCCAUUCUGCUGAGCUUGGCAAUCUGCACCUGAAGCUUUUCGUGACAGAGGAAGAUGGGCCACCGUUUACAGCAGAGAAGAUGCUGCAGGAUCUGUCUCGGGUGAAGACGAUCACCAUGAACAAAGCUUCCCCUGAAGGGUCUGCUGUGCCGACACCUGAAGGGCUGCCGUGGAAGGCGGCCAUUACAGCCCUCUCUCUUCUUCUUUUCCUUGCUUCUCUUAUCAUCUUAACCCAUCUUUUCGUGCACCAAGAAAAGAAGUCCUCCAAAAAGAAGAACCCAUCAUGGAUCGGCGACCUACUUCUCCUCUGCUCGUUGGCCAUUGCUGCAAGUUGUUGUACAGUGGCCACUGUUCUGUCAAGAUGGAGGAAGUCAGUGGAUGAUAGCCAAGAAUUAUCUCACAAGCACCAUGAACUUGCAGAGAUGCUACCUGACAAGGUCCAUGGUGCACUGCAGACGCACGAAAUAUACUUUGGCUGCAGGCCCAAUCUUGGAGACAUGCUCGCUGAGAUUGCCACCGGCACGGGAGACUCUGAGGUGGGUGUCUUCGUGUGUGGACCAACUUCCAUGCAGGAAGCAGUGGCAUCAUUCUGCACAAGGCACAACAAGAGGUUGAAGAGGGAGGAGAGGAAGCUGAAGCGUUCCUUCAAUGUUCACUUCCUCAACUUUUCUCUGUGAAGUUGAUGCAAUGUUGGAAGGUGUUAUAUCAAAAAUGGCAUCAUAUAUAUCAUCAUGAGUCUUUAAAUUA